AUGGACCAGUUCGUGCCCGACGCCUUGCCUUGGUAUCAAGGCUCCAAAGAUUAUGUCCCGUUCACUCUCGCAAAGCUCAUAAGCUCAGACAACCCUGACGCUCCCCCGUUCUACUGCACUGCUGCAUUUCCUUGGAGUCAUACCUCCCUGGCUACUCUAUGGACAGAUGAAAAGCAAAUAUCAGACUGGAAGGAGACAGUACAGGAGUAUAUUGGGUCCAUUGCAGUAGGAAGCCGAGGCCGCCUAUAUGUGUUUCCGAAACUUGCAGCCGCUAAACCUUUCUGUGUGAGACUAUGUGACGAGUCCAUGGAAGUUCAUUGCGUUACUUGGGCUUUGAGAGAUGUAGCCGAUCCGCUGGUCGUUUUCGCGGCUUCUAGCCUCAUCUUAGUCCUCCGCGUCAAGACACGGAAAGUGAUAGGACAAUUGCGUGGGCACGGCGGUCCGAUAACAUCAAUAGCCGUCCACCCUUCCCAUCCAUACCUCUUCUGCACAACAUCAAGAGACUUCACGACGCGGAUAUACGAUUUGACACUCACUGCCUUACAAAAGCCCAAUAACCCCCAUUGGCCUCCUGGGACGUUACCUAGCCUUGCGGGUCCGGCCCAUGGGCUGCAGAUGUCAGAACCUGAAGGUGAAGGGUGUGGUCGGUGUGUGGUUGUCCUUGUCGGUGGCCGUUCUGGCGGCCAUCGCGGGGCUGUGUUCUGUGCCGCCUUCCACCGGUCUGAGCCUUUGAUCGCGACGUGUGGAAUGGAUCGUGCAGUGAAAAUAUGGUGUAUACCCCCGAUUAAACCAGAGUUCCUAGCCAGAGAGGACAAGCCCUUAUUCAGCACCGAGUUCAUUCACAAAGCACGUGUACAGUCUAUUGCAUGGUUGAGCCACGAUACUUUAAUAUCUCACUGUGCACCUGCGCCCAUGCGCACGAAAAAACCAGACGGAGUGUAUUAUGAGAACGGAACAGUUGUAAUAUGGCGCUGGCUCGGAUUCGACAGGUUCUUUCCUCCUGGUCGACCUUUGCAGAAGGUCAUGAGGGGAUGUGCGAGCGACUGGCGCGGAAGCGAAUCCUUCAAGAUCAUUUCAGCAUAUUUCUUACCGCUCGGAAGCACCCUGGAAUUACACGUCUUCCAGGAUGACGACCACGACCCGCUCCUCCUUAUUCCCCUUGGCAAGACCAUUCGCAUCAUGAACAUCACGCACUUCACAGCACGCCGCACGCCGCCCUUUCCUCCGGAUGCCGAGGUAGUAGAGCUUGCCCAGCGCAUGCAACUCAAUGACGACGGCGUUCAAGAGCAAACUGAGGGAGAAGAUAUUCAGAGUGGUAGCAACGACACCACACAAGUCGUUCAGGCAUCGCCUGAAGCUUUGCGGUUGACCGCGCUAUUUGAUAGCGUCGAAGGGUGGGAGGUUAGUAUCGAUGGGGCCACCCGCGCGCGACCGGACAUCCCAGAAGUCGACACAUGCGAGGUCGCCUUCGGCGGGAGAGUUAUUUUGGGCGUUGGCGACAAAGGAACGAUGUUCAUAUGGCGACGGGCUUCGAGGUAA